GUGGUGGGGACGUAGGUCGGGCCACUGCGCGGCGACCUCGGGUCCCAGAGCGGCCGCAGCGCAGCCGGGCCUCGGACCCGGUGCGCGUCCCCGGUGCGCGCCCCUCCGAGCGCGGGCCCGAUGCUGGACAUGAGCGAGGCCCGCGCCCAGCCGCCCUGCAGCCCGUCUGGCACCGCCAGCUCCAUGUCGCACGUGGAGGACUCGGACUCGGACGCGCCGCCGUCGCCCGCCGGCUCCGAGGGCCUGGGCCGCGCGGCGGGCGCGGGGGGCGGCGGCCGGGGCGAGGCGGCCGAGGCGGCGGACGAGCGCUUCCCAGCCUGCAUCCGCGACGCCGUGUCGCAGGUGCUCAAGGGCUACGACUGGAGCCUGGUGCCCAUGCCAGUGCGCGGCGGCGGCGGCGGCGCGCUCAAGGCGAAGCCGCACGUGAAGCGGCCCAUGAACGCCUUCAUGGUGUGGGCGCAGGCGGCGCGCCGCAAGCUGGCCGACCAGUACCCGCACCUGCACAACGCCGAGCUCAGCAAGACGCUGGGCAAGCUGUGGCGCUUGCUGAGUGAGAGCGAGAAGCGCCCCUUUGUGGAGGAGGCCGAGCGGCUGCGGGUCCAGCACAAGAAGGACCACCCAGAUUACAAGUACCAGCCGCGCCGGAGGAAGAGCGUGAAGACAGGCCAGAGCGACUCGGACUCGGGUGCCGAGCUGGGCCACCACCCUGGGGGUGCCGUGUACAAGACCGACACGGGCCUCGGCGACGCACACCACCACGGCGACCACACAGGGCAGACCCAUGGGCCGCCCACCCCGCCCACCACUCCCAAGACAGACCUGCACCACGGGGGCAAGCAGGAGCUGAAGCUGGAAGGCCGCCGCCUGGUGGACAGCGGGCGCCAGAACAUCGACUUCAGCAACGUGGACAUCUCGGAGCUGAGCAGUGAGGUCAUCAGCAACAUGGACACCUUCGACGUCCACGAGUUUGACCAGUACCUGCCUCUCAAUGGCCACUCAGCCCUGCCCACAGACCAGCCCACCACCGCUGGCUCCUAUGGGGGUGCCUCCUACUCGCACUCCAGCAUUGGGGCGUCCCCCGUGUGGGCCCAUAAGGGAGCCCCAUCGGCCUCGUCAUCACCCACCGAGGCAGGCCCCCCGCGGCCACACAUCAAGACGGAGCAGCUGAGCCCCAGCCACUACAGUGACCAGUCGCACGGCUCUCCGGGCCGCGCUGACUACGGCUCCUACAGCGCCCAGGCCAGCGUCAGCACGGCCGCCCCUGCCGCAGCCGCCAGCUCCUUCACCAGCUCACAGUGCGACUACACCGACCUGCAGGCCCCCAGCUACUACAGCCCGUACCCUGGCUACCCAGCCAGCCUCUACCAACACCCCUACUUCCACUCGUCCCGCCGGCCCUAUGCCUCAUCCCUGCUCAGCGGCCUCUCCGUGCCACCCGCCCACAGCCCCCCCAGUAACUGGGACCAGCCCGUGUACACCACCCUGACCAGACCCUGAGGGCGCCCUGGCUGUGUGGAGGGGCCCGUGUCCGUGGAGGAGAGCCUUUAUCUUGGCAAAGACGGGCAGGGCCUCCGAGGCCUUGAGGAAGGAGCGAGGGGAGGGGAGGGGAGGCGCGCUCUGCGUGUGCGGCUGCAUCAGUGCCUGCUGGGGUCUGCGGGGAGCCGGCUCUGUAGCCGGUGCCACUUUGCUCCAGAUUCCAGACUCCCGUCAAAGGACACAGCCCUCCUUUCCUUCUCUCUCUUUUCGGGGACUAGUGACUCCGACACGAAGGACGGCCAUUGGGUCCCUCUUCCGCGCAGACACGCACCUUGUUCUGUGUCUCGGUGGAUGCAAAGCGGCAGCCACAGCCCAAAGGACUAAAGGAGGGAAGGGGCAUGGGGUCUCCGGCCGCCUGCAUUCCGAGGUCCCCGCCGGCCCUGGCACUGAGAACACCCAGGAUCACCGAUG